AUGGCGAGGCGGCUCUUCCCGGGGGCCUGGCUGAGGAAGCCCCACUCCGCGCAGGUCCGUCUGUCACACGUGCGGAUCAAGUAUCUCUUCAUCUCCUGGUUAGUAGUGUUUAUUGGCAGCUGGAUUAUGUAUGUCCAGUACUCCACCUACACAGAACUGUGCAGAGGACAUGACUGUAGGAAGAUAAUAUGUGAUAAAUACAAGACUGGUGUUAUUGAUGGGUCAGCAUGUAGUAGUCUUUGUGCUAAAGAAACACUGUAUUUUGGAAAAUGUUUGUCAACAAAACCCAAUAACCAGAUCUAUUUAGGAAUCUGGGGAAAUCUGCAAAGUGUUAUAAAAUGCCAGAUGGAAGAAGCUGCUCAACUUGAUUUUGGUACUGACCCAGAACCAAGGAAGGAAAUAAUCCUAUUUGAUAAACCAACAAGAGGAACCACUGUUGAGAAAUUCAAAGAAAUGGUAUAUGGUCUUUUUAAAGCAAAACUAGGUGAACAAGGAAAUCUUUCAGAACUGGUUAAUCUCAUCCUGUCUUUUGCUGAUGGAAACAAAGAUGGAAGAGUCUCUUUGCCGGAGGCAAAAUCUGCAUGGGCACUCUUGCAGCUAGAAGAGUUUCUGUUAAUGGUGAUCUUGCAGGAUAAAGAGCAUACUCCCAAGCUGAUAGGUUUUUGUGGGGAUCUCUAUGUGACUGAAAGAGUUGAAUAUACCUCUCUCUAUGGAAUCAGCCUUCCAUGGAUUAUAGAACUACUCAUUCCCUCUGGCUUCAGAAGAAGCAUGGACCAGUGGUUCACUCCAUCAUGGCCAAGAAAGGCAAAAAUAGCUAUAGGGCUUUUAGAAUUUGUGGAAGAUAUUUUCCAUGGACCUUACGGAAACUUUCUUAUGUGUGAUAUGAGUGCCAAAAAUUUGGGAUAUAAUGAUAAAUAUGAUUUGAAAAUGAUGGACAUGAGAAAAAUAGUGCCAGAAAUUAAUUUGAAGGAAAUAAUUAAAGAUCGUCAGUGUGACUCAGAUUUGGACUGCAUUUAUGGUACAGACUGUAGAACACUAUGUGACCAAAGCAAAAUGAGAUGUACCACUGAAGUAAUUCAGCCAAACUUAGCAAAAGCUUGUCAGCUCCUUAAAGACUAUCUGCUUCGUGGUGCUCCUUCUGAUAUCCAUGAAGAACUAGAGAAACAACUGUACUUGUGCAUUGCCCUGAAAGUCACAGCAAAUCAGAUGGAAAUGGAGCAUUCUUUAAUACUCAAUAACUUAAAAACUUUACUGUGGAAGAAAAUUUCUCAUACAAACGAUUCAUAG